AUGGAAAUCAACGGCAAUGGUUACAACAACGGUCAUAGGAAUGGUAAUGGAUAUACCAACGGAAAAGAUACACCAACGGGAAGGCAACGGCAACAGAUAACCAACGGUAAAGGAACGGCAACGGGUUUCACCAAAGGUAAUGGGAACGGCAAACGGUUUCACCCAAAGGGAAUGGCAACGCAACGGUUACACCAAGCUUUCAUUGGAAUAUGUUUGGCAGAAGCAAAUUACUUGCCACCUUUCAAUGGAAAUGGUAACGGCAAUGGGAAUACAAAUGGAAAUAGAGUACAUAGAAACGGCAGUGGAAAUGGUAAUGGCGUCAGUGGAAAUGGAAAUGGUGUGAAUGGUAAUGGGGUAUAUGUUAAUGGAAAUGGUGUAAAUGGUGUGAAUGGAGCAUUCAGAAAUGGAAAUGGCAAUGGCGGAUAUACCAAUGGUGAAUGGAAUGGUAAUAGGAUAUACGUUGAUGGAAAUGGUGUAAAUGGUAAUGGGGUGUAUGUCAAUGGAAACGGUGUAAACGGAGGAUAUCACAACGGAAAUGGAGUGACCGUGUACGCCAAUGGCAUUGUGGAUCCCUUCAGAGCUCUAGCUGAUGCCAUUGGCGGUGGAGGCGUCCCAGGUGUGGACUACCCCAUCCUGGCCUUCGUCCCCGCCACCGGGUUUUCCUGCAACGGCCAACUUCCUGGAUAUUACGCUGAUACUUCUCCUGAGGCUGGUUGCCAGGUGUUCCAUAUCUGUCAGGCAGGAGGCAGAAUCGACUCGUUCCUUUGUCCCAACGGCACAGUGUUUAAUCAGCAAUACUUCGUGUGCGAUUGGUGGUACAACUUUGACUGUUCCACGGCUGAACAGUUUUACGGUUUGAAUGCUGAGAUCGGCAAGGUGAAUGGAAAUGGAUACACGAACGGCAAUGGAUAUACAAAUGGUAAUGGGAAUGGUGUUAUCAACGGUAACGGAAAUGGCUACAGCAAUGGCAAUGGGAAUGGAGUUACUAACGGUAACGGAAAUGGAUACACCAACGGCAACGGGAAUGGAGUUAUCAAUGGCAAUGGUAAUGGAAAUGGAUACACCAACGGUAACGGAAAUGGCUACACCAAUGGUAACGGGAAUGGAGUUAUCAAUGGCAAUGGUAACGGAAAUGGAUACACCAACGGUAACGGAAAUGGCUACACUAAUGGCAACGGGAAUGGAGUUAUCAAUGGUAACGGAAAUGGAUACACCAACGGCAACGGGAAUGGAGUUAUCAAUGGCAAUGGUAACGGAAAUGGAUACACCAACGGUAACGGAAAUGGCUACACUAAUGGCAACGGGAAUGGAGUUAUCAAUGGCAAGGAAAACGGAAAUGGAUACACUAACGGUAACGGAUAUACCAACAGUAAUGGUUAUACCAAUGGCAAUGGAAAUGGAAAUGGUAUUGUUAAUGGUAACGGAGUAUCAUUCAAGUUUUUGUAUGAGAAUGUUUUACUUAGAAAGGUAUAUCAAAUUUGUACACGUGUGCCAUAA